UCACGAGCAUACUUCUUUCAUUCUCUCUCUCUCUAUCUCUGCAAUGGACGGCGUCGAACUCUCCAACCGGCCAUCCGACAACAACCCAAUUGAGAAACCGGCCGCCUCGAGACGGAAAGCUUCCCGUUCGAUCUUCGGACUGUUCGCCGUCGCCGAUACCGUUGAUUGCUUCUUGAUGCUGUUCGGCGCUGCCGGAGCUUGCAUCCAUGGCGCCUCGACGCCGGUCUUCUUGAUUCUCUUCGGACACAUCAUCGACUCGCUCGGCUCUCUUUCUUCAGAUCCUCACAAGCUCGCUUCCGAGGUGUCUAAGCGCGCUUUGGAUUUGGUUUACGUAGGACUUAUAGUCUUGGUGGGGGCUUGGAUAGGCGUAGCAUUUUGGACGCAAACUGGGGAGAGACAGACGGCCCGUUUGAGAGUCAAGUAUCUUCAAUCAGUUCUAAGAAAAGAUAUUAACUUCUUCGAUACAGAGGCAAGAGAUGCAAAUAUCAUUUAUCGCAUUUCAAGCGAUGCAAUACUUGUGCAGGAUGCAAUAGGAGAUAAGACAGGCCAUUGUUUGCGGUACCUGGCUCAGUUCGUUGUAGGAUUCGCUGUAGGAUUUACGACGCUGUGGAAACUUACACUCGUAACACUGGCAGUCAUUCCUUUGUUGGUCGUCGCCGGAGGUGCAUACACAAUAAUCAUGUCUACCUUGUCAAAGAAGGGUGAGGCUGCAUAUGCUGAAGCUGGGAAGGUAGCAGAAGAGGUGAUUUCGCAGGUCCGUACCGUGUAUUCAUUCGUAGGAGAGGAAAAGGCAGUAGAAGCAUAUUCAAAAUUGCUUAAAACCGCCCUUAAGCUGGGGAAGAAAAGCGGGUUUGCAAAAGGAAUAGGCGUCGGCACUACAUAUGGGCUACUCUUUUGCACAUGGGCAUUCCUUCUUUGGUAUGCUGGCAUCCUUGUCAGGCAUCACGUCACGAACGGCGGUAAAGCAUUUACAACAAUCAUUAAUGUCGUCUUCAGCGGAUUUGCUCUUGGCCAGGCAGCUCCAAACCUCAGCGCGAUUGCCAAAGGUCAGGCGGCCAUAAGCAAUAUCAUAAGCAUGAUAGAUGUGGAUUCGAAGUCUACUAAGACAUUGGACAGGGGCAUAGUUCUGCCGGAAGUUGCUGGGAAAAUUGAAUUCUCGAAGGUAUCGUUUGCAUACCCUUCCCGCCCAAACAUGAUUUUUGAAGAUCUCAGCUUUUUGAUGAGCGCCGGGAAGACAUUCGCGGUGGUGGGCCCAAGUGGGUCAGGAAAGAGCACAAUAAUUUCAAUGGUCGAACGGUUCUACGAACCAACCUCAGGUAAAAUACUGUUGGAUGGCUUUGAUCUGAAGAUUCUUCAACUAAAAUGGCUGAGAGGUCAGAUGGGUCUGGUUAGUCAGGAGCCUGCCUUGUUUGCUACCUCUAUAGCUGGGAACAUUCUCUAUGGCAGAGAAGAUGCAGAGCUGGACCACAUCGUUGAAGCUGCCAAGGCUGCGAAUGCACAUUCCUUCAUUCAAGCAUUGCCUGAAGGUUACCAUACACAGGUGGGAGAGGGAGGGACUCAGCUUUCAGGAGGACAGAAGCAGCGGAUCGCCAUUGCUAGAGCAGUGCUUAGAAAUCCAAAGAUUCUGCUUCUAGACGAGGCCACGAGCGCACUAGAUGCAGAAUCUGAACUUGUGGUGCAGCAGGCGCUCGAGAGAAUCAUGUUAGACCGGACAACGAUCAUAGUCGCGCACAGGUUGUCAACGAUCCGCGAUGUCGAUAAGAUCAUUGUCCUGAAAAAUGGCAAAGUGGUCGAAAGCGGGACCCACUUUGAGCUGAUGUCAAAGGGAGAAGAUGGAGAAUAUGCUACUCUGGUGAGCCUGCAAGUAUCAUCCAAUGGUGGAAAUCAGAACCAGGAAACCUCUCAGGAGUCUGUGACAUCGCAUUUUUCAGAACUCAACCACACUCAAGCUAUCCACAAGAAGUCCGAGUCGAUCGAUGGAAGAGAAACGCUGACACAUGACCAACGGUUGGAUCGAUUAGGAUCAGCAUCAUCACCGUCGAUUGGGAAACUGAUUCGGAUGAACAGAGCAGAGUGGCCGAACGCAGUGCUUGGAUCGGUGGGGGCCAUUAUCUCGGGCAUGCAAACUCCUCUCUUCGCUCUUGGCAUCACACAAGUGUUGAGUGCUUUCUAUUCGCAUGAUCAACGGCAGAUGAAGCACGAAAUUGAGAAGGUUGCGCUGAUAUUCGUCGGAGCUGCCAUUGUCACAGUUCCUGUGUAUCUGGUGCAGCACUACUUUUAUACAGCAAUGGGAGAGCAGAUCACGACUCGGGUCCGGCUCUCUAUUUUCUCAGCUAUCCUUCGCAACGAAAUUGGAUGGUUUGAUUUGGAUGAGAAUAACAGUGGGACACUAGCAUCAAUGCUGGCAGCUGAUGCAACUUUGGUUAGAAGUGCAAUCGCAGACCGUCUAUCUACCAUCAUUCAGAACAUAUCACUUGUUGCUACUGCAUUCUUCAUUGCCUUCUUUCUCAGCUGGCGGAUGGCAGCUGUCGUUCUUGCUACCUACCCUCUGAUCAUCAGUGCAGCGAUAGCAGAGCAAAUGUUUCUAAGGGGACUUGGCGGGAACUACACACGUGCUUAUUCCCGAGCGACCGCCAUCGCCCGAGAAGCAAUCAUCAACAUCAGAACCGUCGCUGCCUUCGGUGCAGAGGAUCGGAUAUCAGCCCAGUUCACCAACGAACUAGAACAACCAAACAAACAGGCCCUUGUACGUGGACACAUAUCAGGCCUCAGCUAUGGCAUCUCCCAGCUCUUUCUUCUAUCUUCAUACGCACUCGGCCUCUGGUAUGCAUCACAGCUAAUCAAGAAAAAAGAAUCUGACUUCGGCAACAUCAUGAAAUCCUUCAUGGUCCUGAUCGUCACAGCAUUGGGGGUUGCAGAAGCUCUUGCACUCGCACCCGACAUCGUUAAAGGAUCCCACGCUCUUGGAUCUGUCUUUAGCAUUCUUGAACGAAGAACAGCCAUUGAAUCUGAUGACCCAUUAUCUCAACCGGUCAUUGAAAUCAGAGGAGAUGUAGAAUUCAAAGACGUGGGCUUUCGGUAUCCUGUCAGGCCUGAUGUUCCGGUCUUCGACGGUUUGAAUUUGCAAGUGCCGGCGGGGAGCAGUUUGGCGAUAGUCGGCCCGAGUGGGUCCGGGAAGAGUUCUGUGAUCGCGCUUUUGAUGAGAUUCUACGAUCCGAUAAAGGGUGCGGUUAUGAUCGAUGGACGAGAUAUCAGGUGUUUGAAUUUAAGAACGUUGCGGCUGAGGAUUGGUCUAGUUCAACAAGAGCCCGUUCUGUUUUCGACGACGAUCUAUGAAAAUAUUCUGUAUGGGAGGGACGGAGCAUCGGAGAUUGAGAUAAUGAAGGCUGCAAAAGCGGCGAAUGCUCAUGGGUUUAUCAGUAGAAUGCCCGACGGGUAUCAGACGCAUGUCGGGGAGCGGGGAAUUCAGCUGUCGGGAGGGCAGAAACAGAGGGUGGCGAUUGCUCGGGCCAUCUUGAAGGACCCGACGAUUCUUCUGUUGGAUGAGGCUACCAGUGCAUUGGACACAGCUUCUGAGAAGCUGGUUCAAGAGGCUCUGGAUACGUUGAUGUAUGGCCGGACGACUGUCAUGGUGGCCCACCGGCUUUCAACCAUCCGAGAUGCUGAUAGGAUCGCCGUGCUACAUUGCGGGAAGGUGGCGGAAAUCGGUGGCCAUGAUGAGCUGAUUAGUAGGCCUGGGAGUAUGUAUUCUCAGCUAGUUAGAUUACAACAGCAGAGUGCCGAUGGAGAUGAUCUGAGCUGAGGUGAGAGUUUCAUUUGAGACUCGGUGACUCGGACCAACUCGUCUGGUCUCGAGUCGAGUCUCGAUUUGGCCGAGUUUGGAUGUGACUCGUGGGUUGAAACCGGAUCGAGUCGGACUGAGUCGACUCGACUCGGAUGAGUCGAGUCUUAAAACCAUCUUAUUAUUGUAAGAGACGUAGCAUAGAUGAGCUCAAUGCAAGGAUUGUGGGAGCCUUGCUGACCACACUCAUGGCACGUGCCAAUGUCUUGUGUGUAUAGGAAUCGAUCCGUUCAUCAAGUUGGCCGAGUGCUUAUGCGAUGUGGUGACCAAAAAUCAUACCCAUCCGAUUAUAUGGUGGGUCACACGUGUAUAUGGAAAACUAUGGUUGGUCUUCUCUUCCUACCCAUCCAUUUCCUUCAUACACGUGUGGCUCAUCCAAUCUGAUGAAUGUCAAGCACAUGGCACGUUUGCACGUGUGGUGAGACUAGUCUUUGCAUUUCUCAUCUUGUGGACUAUACUUCUUGAGGCAUGAAUCUCACUGUAUACUGAGUUUUAUAGUAAUAUUGGUGUGGGGUAUA